UUAAGAGGUCCCGGAAGUGCUUGUUAAACCGGAUGUCCAGACUUCCCAAUGUGACUUACCCUGGCAAACACUGUUUUGUUUUGCAUGCUGUCUUCGUUAAGUGGUUUAAAGUCUACAAAAUGUUUCUUACCGCCGCCAAUUUGGCCAAGGCUAAAUCAAAGACCAUCCUGGUGCAGAUGAUGAGCGCUGCAGGGACGGGCUACUUCUUCAACACAAAGAGAAACCGUCUCAGAGACAAACUGGUGCUGCGCAAACAUGAUCCAUUCGUGAACAAGCACGUCCUAUUCUUUGAGAAGAGGAAGAUCAGAUCAAUUUAACAAGGCACCAAAUUAAAUGGACAAUAUAACUGACUGUUUUUUAUUGUUAUGGAUUACACGAGGUGUUUCGUCAGUCAGCGUUUGUAUUGGGCUGGCUGGCGUUCUGUUGAGGAUUUCUUCUGGGAUCUGUCAAGAGGCCUCUCCUCUCCUCACUGCACCACUUCAGCAUGAUGCAAACCCUGGCUGAGCUUCAAGAAAGUCUCCACUUCCCCCCCAUUUUAAACAAGAAACAACGACUCGUGUAAAAGAGAUGUUUAUUCAAGCUUUACAGUAUCAUUGACUUUCAAUUAUUUUACAACCUCGUAUUUAAUACCUGUAAUAAGCUCUUGUGGAAUAUGAUCUUCUUGGGCUCAUAAAACGUGUUGAUUCUGUCAAUGUCUGACGAUUAAUAAACUGUUAAAAAUGAA